CAUCGCGCACUGCUGCGAGGCGUCGUGUGCGGGUGCACUGUCAACAACACACGUACUGGGGAGCAGGUGAAUGCCGGCAAAACAAACUUUCUGCUCUUGUAGGACCCACGGAACCCCUACUGUGUUUUUAAAGUUUCAAGAGGACCACAUCUCAUCGACAGGAUUUGUUCAAUCACAAGUCCCAGGCUCCGACGCGCACCAUCUGGAUAGGAAGCCAUGACAACCAUAGUGCCCAAACUCUCCAGCGGUGGUGCUGUAAGGAUCCGCUUUAGCAGCAUCGACGUGGGCACCACCAAAUGGAAAGAAGGAACUUUUGAGAUUCUGGAAAAGGACAACAAAGUCAAUCUCUGCCUAAGAUUCAACUGCGGCGGCGCUUCCAAAACUUUCCAGCUGAACCAGAACGUAAAGAGCAUCAACCAGAAUGUGAGUCGAAUCAUUCUGACUUUGAAGGACAGCAGCGUAAUCACCUUGGAUAAGGUGCCUCCGACUUUGGUUCAGAAGACUAAAGAAUACCUGGAGAAGCUGAAGCAGGGAAAGCCAGUUUUGAAGUCAUCCCAUGGAAGUGCAAACUUCAGUGUGCUUGGGAACCGCUCUGUGAAAAAUGAGACUAAUCCGUCGGGGGAGAGACAGACAACACCAAGGCGGCAGAGCGCAGAAGGCCGAGAGGACACAACACCACGGAAGCCUCUGGGCAGUCCAAGCAGAGCCGCCUCCACCCCCACUCGCACUGGACUCUCUGAGAACAGGAGUGAGAAGAGAAAGAGACUCCUUAAUUCUGAAAGUGACCUGAACGAGGACUACCCCAAGGAAAAUGACUCCUCAAGCAACAACAAGGCCACUUCAGACCCAUCUAGGAAGUUUCUCCUGAGCUGCAAAGAGAAGCUGAAGCAGGGAGAGGAGAACAGGAGCUCAGCUCAACUGGGUUCAACUCCCCUUCAGCCAUCAUCAUUCUAUGGCAGCCGAUCUGUGACGAAAGACUACUGCCAGAGCCACUCUUUUCUGGAAAGGCCAUCCAGUACAGCACAGAGCACCACAGCCAAGAGAAGCCUCAUGCUGCCCAACCACUCCACACCCUUCAAGAAGGUACGUCCCUCUGUGGACUACGGCGGUUGGAACAAGCAGAGGCCCUCCACCCUGGCACAGCCUCAGCCCCCACUGCAAGGUUUUUCCAACCUGGGCAACACUUGCUACAUGAACGCCAUCCUGCAGUCUCUUUUCAGCCUUCCCUCUUUCUCCAAUGACAUGCUGAGGCAAAGCAUACCGUGGAAGAAGGUGCCCAUCAAUGCAUUACUCAGGCGUUUUGCUCACCUCAUGGUGAAGAAGGACGUUGGCUGUCCAGAGACAAAAAAGGACCUCUUGAGGAAAGUGAAGAGUGCCAUCUCGUCCACAGCUGAGCGCUUCUCUGGAAACAUGCAGAAUGAUGCUCAUGAGUUCCUGAGCCAGUGUUUGGACCAGUUGAAGGACGACGUGGAGAAAAUGAACAAGAGCUGGACAGAUGAAGCUUCAGCAUCCUCAUCACCCUCUGUGUUGUGUGAGAGUGGCCAGGAGGCAAUGUCAUUAUCAGCCAAGGCAGAGCCUGGUGAAGAGGUGGACACAUCUCGCAUCUACACCUGCCCUGUGGCAGUUAACAUGGAGUUUGAGGUGCAGCACACCAUCAACUGCAAAGGCUGUGGAGAGGUAGUAACCAAGCGAGAGCAAUUCAACGACUUGUCCAUCGACCUACCAAGGAGGAAGAAGACUCUCCCACUUCGCUCUAUCCAGGAUUCUCUGGAUCUCUUUUUUAGGAUGGAGGAAAUCGAGUACUCGUGUGAAAAGUGCAAUGGAAAAGCGGCAACUGUUACACAUAAAUUCAGCAAACUGCCCAGAGUGCUCAUCCUACACCUCAAACGUUACAGCUUUAACGCUCAGCUGUCUCUGAACAGCAAGCUGGGCCAGCAGGUGGUGAUUCCUAGAUACCUGACCCUGCUGUCCCACUGCACCGAAUCCACGCGACCUCCUGUUAGUCUCGGUUGGAGUUCCCAAGCCUCUAUGUCCAGAACACUCAAAACGUCACAGUCUGUAAACUCUUCCACAGCACCACUCCGAAGGAUUGGAGGUAAAGUGGCAAACUCUGGCUGCACCUCUAUCCUCAUGGACUCUGACUGUGAAGAGGAGAUUAACCGAAGGGCUAGCGCAAGUCGCAAGCGACGCCUCAGCAGCUGUCUGCCUGAUGAUGAUGACCGACCGGAAGAACGGGGGGCAACAAUAGAUUCAGCAGACUUCAGUGGCAUAAAUGAUGAUGAAAUGCUGGCCGCAGUGCUGGAGAUGAGUCGUCAAGAGGCCGGGUUCUCUGCUCCCCCUCCCCUGGAGGAUGAGCCAACCAGCAGCCCAGACACAGGGUUUGGGGACACAGACGUCCAUGACCUGGCCUAUCACACAGAUCUGCUGGAAAUGGACAGCAAACAGCCUGCAGAUGUGCUGGAUUCCUUGGAUCUGACCAUGGAUGAGAACAAGGAGAACCAGACUCCGGAGGGUGUGCAGCAGCAGGGCGAGCUGGACUGGGUUCAGCAGUACAGUCUGGAUCAGGAGAGGGAGGAACAGGAGCUGCAACAGGCUCUGGCCCAGAGCCUUCAAGAGCAUGAGGCCCAGGAGAUGAGAGAGGAUGACGAUCUGAAGAGGGCCACAGAGCUCAGCUUGCAAGAGUUUAACAACUCCCUGCCUGAGCUGCUGUGCUCAGAUGAAGACUCCGGUAAUGAGGAUGUGCUGGACAUGGAGUACACUGAAGCAGAGGCUGAAAACCUGAAGAGGAACGCUGAGAGCGGAGACCUGGCCAACUCUUUUAGACUCAUCAGUGUUGUCAGUCACAUUGGGAGCAGCUCUUCCUCUGGCCACUACAUCAGUGACGUGUACGACAUGAAGAAGCAGUCAUGGCUGACUUACAAUGACCUGGACGUGUCACGCACACAGGAAGCAGCUGUCCAGCGAGACAGAGACCGCAGUGGCUACAUCUUCUUCUACAUGCACAAGGACGUGUUUGAACAGCUGUUCGAGAUGGAGCGAGCUGGAGCCAGCAGCACUUCAGAGGCAGGAAGAAACGUCCUGCAGCCCCUCUGAACAAGCAACCAUACACACCGCUGAACUCUGCUAGAUGGAGCUCUUCUCUGAACAACUUUGAGUACUACUGAUUGCCGUCCUUUUUUGGUCAUCCUUAGGCACUUCUCCACGAAUCACUUAAUGCCAGUCUCAGUAAGCACCUGUAAAUGCCAACACUUGCUACUCUGUCAAGACUCUUUAAGAUACCAGAAAUGCAGUUAAAAUCGUCAAUGGAUCAAUAUUUUGCCUCCAUGAUUUUGGGGCUGGAGUUUUUCUUUCCUAUUUUAUCAAACAACUGUUUCGUAAAGGUUUUUUCUGUUUCUUGAUAUACUUUAAACUUUAAUGCAGUUCAUUCAGACGUAUGACUCAAAAUCUAUCAAACACCAGAUGCUACUGGUGCUUCUGAUUUUGUUUUGCAGGCCCUUUAUUUCUCAUAUAAACUAAAUAAAUAUAUAUUCUAUGUUGGAGUAUAAGCUAUUAUAGAGUUAAAGGGUUGUUGUAUUUAACGGGAACAUUUGGUGCAAUAUUUAUGUUGUGGCACAAAUUGGCCAAUUCAAAUCAGCUUUCUGUCGGUGUGUGUGGAUGUUUUCCCAGUUUCUUUCUGUGCUUGACUAAUGAGCUAAUUUUUGUGUGGCCUUCUCCAUAUUUUGCAGACUUAGAAAGAAAUCAUUCAGCUCAGUAGUAACAUGGCCUGUUUUUAUAGAGUUUUUCUCAGUAAGACCUUGAUUCUUUUGGGGUUUCCUGAACUUGUGCCUCCCAAGAAAACUUUUAUAAACAUGUACAAGCUAUACUUUGAAAGUUGCACAACUGUGUUGCUUUUAGUGUUUGUCAAAACUCAAUGUCUAGGUCAGAUUUUUCUCUAUAAAAAACAGAUUUUUCUAUUUA